AGGGGCUGGGCCCAGGGCAGAAAAGUCCGGGUUCCCAUGCGGCCUGGGCCCACGUGGAGCGGGCGCUGAAUCACCGUUCAGCCGCCCCCUCCCCUCCUCCCCGACCGGUGCCCGCAGUCCCCGCCUCCUCGGCCGCCGCCUCCACGGGGCGGGGCCCUGGCCCGGGACCAGCGCCGCGGCUAUAAAUGGGCUGCGGCGAGGCCGGCAGAACGCUGUGACAGCCACACGCCCCAAGGCCUCCAAGAUGAGCUACACGUUGGACUCGCUGGGCAACCCGUCCGCCUACCGGCGGGUAACCGAGACCCGCUCGAGCUUCAGCCGCGUCAGCGGCUCCCCGUCCAGCGGCUUCCGCUCGCAGUCCUGGUCCCGCGGCUCGCCCAGCACCGUGUCCUCCUCCUACAAGCGCAGCAUGCUCGCCCCGCGCCUCGCCUACAGCUCGGCCAUGCUCAGCUCCGCCGACAGCAGCCUUGACUUCAGCCAGUCCUCGUCCCUGCUCAACGGCGGCUCCGGACCCGGCGGCGACUACAAGCUGUCGCGCUCCAACGAGAAGGAGCAGCUGCAGGGGCUGAACGACCGCUUCGCCGGCUACAUAGAGAAGGUGCACUACCUGGAGCAGCAGAAUAAGGAGAUUGAGGCAGAGAUCCAGGCGCUGCGGCAGAAGCAGGCCUCGCACGCCCAGCUGGGCGACGCGUACGACCAGGAGAUCCGCGAGCUGCGCGCCACCCUGGAGAUGGUGAACCACGAGAAGGCUCAGGUGCAGCUGGACUCGGACCACCUGGAGGAAGACAUCCACCGGCUCAAGGAGCGCUUCGAGGAGGAGGCGCGGUUGCGCGACGACACUGAGGCGGCCAUCCGCGCGCUGCGCAAAGACAUCGAGGAGGCGUCGCUGGUCAAGGUGGAGCUGGACAAGAAGGUGCAGUCGCUGCAGGAUGAGGUGGCCUUCCUGCGGAGCAACCACGAGGAGGAGGUGGCCGACCUUCUGGCCCAGAUCCAAGCAUCGCACAUCACGGUGGAGCGCAAAGACUACCUGAAGACAGACAUCUCGACGGCGCUGAAGGAAAUCCGCUCCCAGCUCGAAAGCCACUCCGACCAGAAUAUGCACCAGGCCGAAGAGUGGUUCAAAUGCCGCUACGCCAAGCUCACCGAGGCGGCCGAGCAGAACAAGGAGGCCAUCCGCUCCGCCAAGGAAGAGAUCGCCGAGUACCGGCGCCAGCUGCAGUCCAAGAGCAUCGAGCUAGAGUCGGUGCGCGGCACCAAGGAGUCCCUGGAGCGGCAGCUCAGCGACAUCGAGGAGCGCCACAACCACGACCUCAGCAGCUACCAGGACACCAUCCAGCAGCUGGAAAAUGAGCUUCGGGGCACAAAGUGGGAAAUGGCUCGUCAUUUGCGCGAAUACCAGGACCUCCUCAACGUCAAGAUGGCUCUGGAUAUAGAAAUCGCUGCGUACAGAAAACUCCUGGAGGGUGAAGAGACCAGAUUUAGCACAUUUGCAGGAAGCAUCACUGGGCCACUGUAUACACACCGACAGCCCUCAGUCACAAUAUCCAGUAAGAUUCAGAAAACCAAGGUGGAAGCUCCCAAGCUUAAGGUCCAACACAAAUUUGUCGAGGAGAUCAUAGAGGAAACCAAAGUGGAGGAUGAGAAGUCAGAAAUGGAAGAGGCCCUGACAGCCAUUACAGAGGAACUGGCCAUUUCCAUGAAGGAAGAGAAGGAAGAAACAGCAGAAGAAAAGGAAGAGGAACCCGAAGCUGAAGAAGAAGUAGCUGCCAAAAAGUCUCCAGUGAAAGCAACUGCACCUGAAGUUAAAGAAGAGGAAGAAGGGGAAAAGGAGGAAGAAGAAGGCCAGGAAGAAGAGGAGGAAGAAGAUGAGGGAGCUAAGUCAGACCAAGCCGAAGAAGGAGGAUCCGAGAAGGAAGGCUCUAGUGAAAAAGAGGAAGGUGAGCAGGAAGAAGGAGAAACAGAGGCUGAAGCUGAAGGAGAGGAAGUCGAAGCUAAAGAGGAAAAGAAAGUGGAGGAAAAGAGUGAGGAAGUGGCCACCAAGGAGUUGCUGGUGGCAGAUGCCAAGGUAGAAAAGCCAGAAAAAGCCAAGUCUCCUGUGCCAAAAUCACCAGUGGAAGAGAAAGGCAAGUCUCCUGUGCCGAAAUCACCAGUGGAAGAGAAAGGCAAGUCUCCUGUGCCGAAAUCACCAGUGGAAGAGAAAGGCAAGUCUCCUGUGCCAAAAUCACCAGUGGAAGAGAAAGCCAAGUCUCCUGUGCCAAAAUCACCAGUGGAAGAGGCAAAGUCAAAAGCAGAAGUGGGGAAAGGUGAACAGAAGGAGGAAGAAGAAAAGGAAGUCAAGGAAGCUCCCAAGGAAGAGAAGGUAGAGAAAAAGGAAGAGAAACCAAAGGAUGUGCCAGAGAAGAAGAAAGCUGAGUCCCCGGUAAAGGAGGAAGCUGUGGCGGAGGUGGUCACCAUCACCAAAUCGGUAAAGGUGCACUUGGAGAAAGAGACCAAAGAAGAGGGGAAGCCACUGCAGCAGGAGAAAGAGAAGGAGAAAGCGGGAGGAGAGGGAGGAAGUGAGGAGGAAGGGAGUGAUAAAGGUGCCAAGGGAUCCAGGAAGGAAGACAUAGCUGUCAAUGGGGAGGUAGAAGGAAAAGAGGAGGUAGAGCAGGAGACCAAGGAAAAAGGCAGUGGGAGGGAAGAGGAGAAAGGUGUUGUCACCAAUGGCCUAGACUUGAGCCCGGCAGAUGAAAAGAAGGGGGGUGAUAAAAGUGAGGAGAAAGUGGUGGUGACCAAAACGGUAGAAAAAAUCACCAGUGAGGGGGGAGAUGGUGCUACCAAAUACAUCACUAAAUCUGUAACCGUCACUCAAAAGGUUGAAGAGCAUGAAGAGACCUUUGAGGAGAAACUAGUGUCUACUAAAAAGGUAGAAAAAGUCACUUCACACGCCAUAGUAAAGGAAGUCACCCAGAGUGACUAAGAUUUGAGUCCAUUGCAAAAGGUUAAGCCAUAUGACAAUUUCAAAAUGCAUGUGAUUGGCAGCUUCAAAACAGAACGGGUUCUUCCAUGGGGGCUCCAGACAUUGUAUUUUACUUUGUGCAAUAUGAGGGGACUGCAUGCAAGCUCAGGGUGCUCCCUCCUCAGUCUUUGCAGGAUUCAAAUGCAUGAUAUUGUAUGUACCUGGGAAAUUUGCCAAUUUCCUAAGCUGUUGGAAGGGGGUCACUUAAGGGGGGAUGUCUUGAGAUGUAUUAUGCAAAGUACCAACUGAGCCAAAAACAAUAAAUGAAACACAGAACUCAGCCUUAAGAAAGCUAUAUAUGAAUAAUUAUGUUUACCUCACUGGUGCAUUUAAAAUGGACUUUUGUUCAUGGGAGAACCUCGUUGACAUGCACAGUUUGCAAUCUUAUGUUGAUCGAUGUUAAAUGUCACAGCAGUACUUGCUCAAUAAAGGUCAUAUUGGAAACAUA